CACGCUCACAAAUAUACAAUACUCUGAGUGCGUGGAGGUGUGUUUGACUGAAACGGUACGAGGAAGCUUCAAUUCCGAUUCUGUAUUGAGAGCAUACUUAAUCUUGUUUGCUCCAUCAAUUUCGUUUUGUCUGAAGUUGUAGCGCAAGACCAAGAUUAAGAGAGUUAUUGGACGAGGAUGAUGUUGAUCAAUAAAGAUAAAAUACGCUUGUUCAUCUUUGCUGCAAAUAACAAUAAGGUGAAAGGAGUUGUGCCUCUAGUCCGAGCGAACAAAAUCAUGUAUCUUUACAUUGGUAAAGUCGAGCACUCUGAAAUUUCUGUGAUGCGGUUCUAGGCUAACUGAAGAGAGACGAGCAGAGCACCGAAAAUAAAGUGAUGUUGCAGAUGCAGUUUUCGGUGACUUUGUGGUGAAUGAACCGUGAAAAUGAACUCGCCUUGUGCUGCUGGAUCCAAAAUAAAAUCAAAAUCAAGAACCAGAAUACUGACAUGCUGUUGAUGAUCUGAACAAGAGAAUCAGGAUCGAUAUGCCAUCCAUGUGAAAAAUUCUUGAUCUAUCUCGCUGACAUAGUUCGUCGAUUGCUCUCACCCUAACAUCCUGAAGUAUGAACGUUUUUUGUUUGACUUUGAUUUUAAGAAUGUCUUGGUGAUCCUCCGUCAACUUGGCCCUUUUUAGAGAUAUUUCAUACACAUUGUUUCUUUCCUGUCAAACGUUUUUCGGUUCUUCUUGCCAUGAAUGAUUUUUGUCUAUAUCUGUGCAUACUAACAUACAUUUUCUUCACAUACAGACCUACACAUAUAUCAAUUGUUUCCAAAUACCACCACCACAAAUUUCACACAUUUCUACCUACUGUCAUGGCUGUUUGAGUGUGUAUGAAGUUUAUUCUCUUGUGGUUAAGACCCGAAAACUCCUCCAUGUUUCUUCCAAAUGCAGUGUUAGCAGGGGAUUGAAGCUACAUUCGUCGACAGAAAAAGGAGCAUUGCCGACCUGUUCUACAAAAAACGAGAUAAAAGAGGAGUGAGCAUCUGAGUUGUAGAGAUUUUAAACUAUUUAUGGACCUCAACCACGGGUAGAUAAAUAGUGAAUACUCAUACGCACGCCAGCCAGCACAGCACAGCACUACAUAAGAGAAAUAAAUAUAAAGAUCUACACUGAAGAGUCGACAUAGUACAACAAGAAGACCACGGAUGGACAAAUAAAGGGGAGCAAAGCAUAAAAAACCUACCACCAGUUGAGACGAUCACCUGAACUCAACUCGCAGCAUAAGCCGGGUUACAAAUGAGACGAUCAUCUGAACUCAUCGAAAAACCAAGACCACCAUAAACCUGUGAGACGACUACCUGAACUCACAAGGGCAGCAACGAAGAAGAAAGUCUGAAAAGCAGAAAUCAAAAUGUAUUACCCCAUCCACAUCAAAAUGCUACAAGAUGCCGCGAACCAGCAAAAAUAAAGUGCCCCAGUUCGCACUUACGCAUAAACAGAAGUGCAUGUGGCUUCGGAUUGAAGAACUACGAAAAACGAAGAAAAGCGGACUAGUGCUAGGCAAGAAACUUUUUGAAGGACUGGUGAAGAAGAUCAAUAGCUCAGACAGACCCUGGCUACUGGACUACGACUUUGGAACAGAAACCAUUCCCGACCUGAGAUUCUCCACGUCAGAACUAGCGAUCCCAUAUUACAACCGUAGGGAAAGAUCAGAGAACGUAGCUGAUGCACUGACGCACGAAGGAAAAAUCGCUAGAGUGGUCCAGUGCGCAAACCGAACAGAAGAAUUGGUCAGCACCCUGUCGCUCCUUGCUUUCUCCGGAUCGUUUGACUUCUCCCACGUCAACACCUACAAACUAAGAACGGAAAAACCGAACAACGGUUUCGACGGGUGGGAAAGUAUCCGGAAAUACCAUAACGGUAACGACAUCGCCUUUGACAUCAAGCCGCGCAGUGAAGAGCAUAGGAGAAUCAUCACGAAACUCAAUCUAAAGCGAUCUGGUUACAGAAAACCGAAGAAGGCAUCAGACCAGACCGCACCAUUGGGCAGUAGCAAUAGCACCGUAUAAACGCUGAAGAAGUGAAAGAGCUGAACCUCAACAAGAAUUAUCUCCUCUUCCCGUGAAUUACCAGCCAGUAGCGAAGAUGACUAACAGCAUGAACGUAACACAACAGUCAGGAGGAGGAACGCAGACCUUCAAUCACAACCCCCAGUACGUAAAAGCAUGUCGGGUGGCAUCUAGUGGAAAUCCAUGCGCAGCAGGAGACAGCUGUCAGUUCUCGCAUCAAUACCAGGACCUGUUAGCGUAUAACAAAUGGAUGAAGGGCCGAAAUAUGGUAGCACAAGAGAGCCUACCACAAGAGAUAUAUCGCACGAGCAUGCACAUUGGACAAUUUAACACUGCAAACGGACACCAGCCAAAGCAACCGAUCCAAGGCGGAAGUGCCCAGUACCAGCAGAAUAAUCUGCCCAAUCAACAACAAGCUCGACAGCAGCACGUCUCACCUCCGCCACCCAGUCCUAGCCCGACGCAGAUCCAACCACAGCAACAACAGCAGAUGUACCAAGCACAGCAACCAUAUGCUACUAACUCCAACUCGAUCCAGCUAGGGAGUCCACCACAACAGACGCAAAGCAGCCAAGGUUCUGGCUGGACAACACCGCAACAACAACAGCUGACGCAGCAUCACCAACAACAGCAUAGCGCACAUCUACACGGGGUAACGCAUCCAUCUGGCACGAUCCACAUCAAGAAGACCAGAGGUUUCGUACCUACGAUAACAAUGAAACCAGCACAAGAGGAAGAAGAGGAGACAUACCCGAUGGUGAUCUCCAGCAUGCAGAUAAUGAAAGAAAUGAGUGAGCACAUGAUGUUCAAGUCGACCGAACUCCCAACUAAGGACUUCCUCAUCCCGCAGACCAUCGCGCGAAGACUGGUAGAUGAUGAAUCAGAAAUGAAGGACGGAUCAGCCUCCCUUUCACUGCUAGUAUGUAGUAGUCUGGUGGCAAAACAACUACAGGAAAUUUGUUUGAGGAUCACCACAACGGAAAAAGCGGAUAAAGCCAAGAAAGCACUAGAGAGUCUUCCUAUCACCCUCAAGUUGACCAAGGAGGAGCCGGAAUCGGAACUCAGCACGACAACAGGCCACGACACGAAGGGCAUGGAUAAGAGUGAUAUCCUCAAUGCUAUCGGCAAUAAAUUCCAAGAAUUCGGGGCGAACUUGCAAACGCAAUUCACGACCAUCUCCUCAAGAAUCGAAAUGAUCGAGAAACGACAUGAGGCUCAUCAACAUCAACAACCACAUCAGCACCAAGCUCCACCGCCUACAUCAGGAUCUACAACGGAUAAGAAGUGGUGGGAAAGUGAAGAAUACAACCAACCGUGGUGGAAAAAGGAAGGCGAGGCGACACAAAAGACAGUCUUUAAUGAUGGCUGGUACGACCAACCAGAGCAGCAGAAGGACAAGACGUACAUCCAGAAUAUGGUCGCCGAGCAAUACGCGAAGAUACGCGGUAAAGCGAAGCACCAAGCCUACCCACCGACAGACAACAAGUCCAACACCAAAGGCGAUGGAAAGAAGAACAGUAGGGACCCGAGCACAACAGCUUUGCUCAGUGACCUCUACUCGGCUGCCCCCACUGCGGACAAGAGUAUGCCGAGAGCAGAAGAUGAGAAUACGAAGAAGCGACGCAUCACGAAGGCAAUACAGGGCAUAGAGGAAGCAUGCGGUAAGGCAUAUAACGAUACGGUUAGGCACAUGCUGGACAACAACAUCAAGAGAAACCCGAAGGACUACAAGGCUGAAGACUUCGAAAAGGCCAUGUCACGUCCCAUAUGCUUCCUUCGAUCGACACUCUGCCACAAGAGACCGGCGACACCUGUUACGAGAGUCAAGGAACAACUCUUCGGUGCCUGCCUGUUGUAUGAGAAGCACGACAUACCACUGCCCACCUUGUCCAACAAGAUCAAAUCAAAUGUCAUUGAUCUGGUCCGAGAUUUUACUACCGAGAAGUACAUCGCAGCAUACAGACCUUUAUUCAAGUUAAGGACCACAACGGAGUUCGCCCUGUUUGUGAUGAUAGCUGCAGCAGGGGCACAACAAGAGAUCCUCACCAUCGAGCUGGAGAAGGAGAAAGUGCAAGAACGCAAGAAACAGCUACAACUGAACGACAUCAUCGAACGCACCCCACAAGAACAAGCUCCACUCGACCCGAAGCUACGGGAACGUCAGUUGAGAGCACGCGACCGACAGAUACUCAAUGACGGCAAGGGCGAUGGCACCCUGCUGAAGAACAUCGGAAAUGAUGACGAGGAUGAAUUCUCACCACUGGGAGGAAAACCAGAUGGCCAACCACAAUGGCCACCACGUGCACAUCCGCAGGAGGAAGAAGAACCAGAUGCAGAACAGCUAUAUGAUCAAAUUUGUGAGGAGAUCUACGGUUCACCAGACCAGAACCAACAGGCGGAUGCAGAAAUGGAUCUGGGAGAAGAGUAUGAUGACGUGGACUACUAUAAGAACGACCGGUACUACGACGACCAAAGAAGCCAACCACCGGCAGCAACGUAUCAGAACGAUAAUGACAUGAAGGAUCACGGUGACACAUACCAGGAUACAACAGAAGCAGACCCCUUCGGGGAACUAGGGAACCUUUAGAACAACCACCUCGUCACCAUGACUGAUAACAUCUACUCUUGGUUACAACCCAGAUUCAGCCUGCCAAUCUGGGAACUUCGAACGAACUACUGCACAAGAAUUCCAGCUAUGCCAUCAUUCGCCCUCAACUUUGCGGACAUUUUCGUGAGGGAACUUCUGAGAAUAGCACCGAUCUUAGAGGAAAACCGAAGGGUGAGAAAAACGGUUCUAAAUAAGAUCAUGUUUAUGAGAAAUAUCAUAUCCCAACUAUCACAUGAGCAUAGUCAGACCAAAACAUGCCCAAGAUGCACCAGAUCACAUAGAUACUGUGCUUGCACCUACAGCUACAACAAAGUCACCAAGAGACUAUUUAAAGUGUCGCAAUGUGCUCAAGGAUCCCUACACUUUGACUUCCUACCAUCUGAGAUCCUAACUACGAUGGGCCCGCUCCAGACAUCUUUGGUAAAACUCAACCAAGUCAUAUCCACCGUCCGUGAAUACAUGAUCACUAUAGACGAGAUAAUAAUAAGGCUUUUCCUACUCGAUAGCAACACAUGGAGAAAAAGGGCACUGGCGAAGAAGAUAAGCAGAUACGAUAGAACCAAUUGUAGAUAUAGGGGAUCGCCAAAUGUAGUAUAUAUGGCAUUGCAGCCACACUGUAAGAAAUCGUACGUAGGUGAAACAUCAGGAGGAAUCGAUAUUAGAACUGCUGCUCAUAUCCGUAAGGCACAGACAGGCGCCCAGUUCUUCUAUCGUAACGCCUUCGAAUUCUUCAAGUAUUAUUUUAUCCCUCUGGUCUACCUACCUCCCGCCCUUACUAGUAGACAAAUUAGAACAGCUGAAGCCAACUUAAUAACAGAGUUUGCUGCUAACCAGAAUACACAAAUAGCAGCGGAUACCCACCAAUCGCCGCACCUACAUACAGUAUCCUUAUAUAUUUCGAAAAAUAGUAGAUCUAAGCUGUACCAGAGAAGGAAGAGACGACAGCCAGGGGCCUCGACCACGCCUAGCGCCGCGCCUAACCUAGCACUAACUACUCUACUCGCCUCAUCUAAAGCUACAGCAAUAUGUAUAGCACUCUCACGAAGACUUGUCGAUGUACUUCCCCAGAACAUCGCGACGUUCUUCGACACGCACACACAUGCCAGCGCAAUCAUAACAAAACGCGCGAGGCUAGUUUUAGAUGAGAUUGAAUAUGAGAUCCUCAUCAGGAACUUAGCUAAGCACAGACCACAACGCCUUGUCCGCCACGUAGUUGACAUAGGUGACACGAAGAAGACUCCGGCAUUCUGGAGAUAUAUACAGGCAUAUAUCAGAAUAUACCACCAAUAUCAAGAACAAGGCAAACCUGCGGUCAGCCUAUGUUUUCGGACUAAAACUGGACCCACGUUGGUAGAUAUAGCGAAUAAAACUAAUGUUGAUUACAACUUACCACAAAUAUGUAGGUGUCGAGAAAUUCUGUUAGAUCACCCUAAGCUCAGCAAAUAUUUAGUACAAGGACACAUUGUAUCAUCACUAGAAAGAUACAUGACUGAGUGCUCAGACAGUGACUUCAUUGAGACAGAACUACCGGUGGGAAAAUGGAACAUGAGAUCGAGGUUCCUUAGUCCCAAAUCUACUGCUAUUAGCCUAAGACGAGAACUAGUUAAAUUCACCUCGAGGGUAUUCCCAACCACCCGCUCCACGGUAAGAUUUCCCAACUCAUACAAGGACUUCGCAAAGUCGUAUGAGACCAGGGGAGUUAGACCUGAACAGACCAAACCUAGAUACCUAGACAUCUGUGAAAGACUAAGCACGGACGUAGUAGAUAAAGAAGUUGGCAUGAGCCUGGUUUGUCCGGUAGUCCUACACAAAAUAGUAACGAAGCACAUGUUCACCUCAGGAGCGUACACCCAAUUACCGGGCUGGGAAAGCCUCAAAAAUGACAAUAAUAACGAAUUCUUUUGGCUUUUCCCUGACUCGUCCAUCAAGCGUAAGAAAAAGCAUAGAUGGGCGAAGAUGAGAAUUACUAUGAAGAAGAAGACAUACAAGAUUUUUGAGAAAAUAGAACAGGAGCGGAAGAUUGUAGAUCUCAAGAUGAGACCACUAACAAGCUACCAGCGCCACUGCUUCAAAGAUAUUUAUACCACCGCUACGAGAAUAGUCAACCAUCUCCUUGAAAGAGACCCGGUUUCCUCCAGAUUUUUCUUGACCAACCCAGCCUCUAUCAUCGAGUAUCUCGAUAACGUUUCUGAAAAAGCAUCUAGACUAGAUUUACAACUAGCGGUAUUCACGGGAGACAUAGGAGAAUUCUUCACUAACUGCAACCUAGAAAGUAGCAUGGUGGUAAUACAAAAAGUUGUCGAUGAAUUUAUUAGCAGAACGGGUUACAUUUUUGCUAGAAUUUUCAAAUCUAGCAAGAACUUGAUGCCCGUACUACACAAAAUGAUAGGAAGAGAUAAAACCUAUUUUGUACAAAAAGGCAGAAGACUACAAAAACGUUUGUCCUUGAUCUCCUUCACCAGAGGGAGACCGGACCCAAGAUUUCGCGACUAUAUAAAAAUCACGGACUUACCAAAAAUACUACUUCACGAUGUCAGAUUUAGUUAUGUUAGAGCACUAGGAACUAUUUUUAAACAAACUAAAGGCGCACCUAUGGGGAGCCCAACCAGCACCCCACUUUCUAACGCAUAUGCUAUCUAUGAAGAGAUGGAGAAAUCCACUGAGCCAGGCUUAAUACUUGAAACUUCACGACGCUAUGCUGACGAUAAAAUAGUAUCCACUACUGUCCAGAGAGCUACACAACUACAGCAGACACCUGACUCAUUAAGACCUAACUUCUAUACGGGAUGUUCACUGGUCCAGGAUGAUGUAGAGGAGCCUACCGCUUUUUGUGGACUUAGAAUAAAGAUAGCCCAUAGAAGUAAAAUAAUGGUUACAGCCGCUCUAACAGACAAGCCCCUAGCCUCUGCCUUCUCAGCAGGGAUGGAUCGCAGAGAAAGGGGUGUUAUUAGAGGACAUUUCGCUAGACUUAGACUACAAUCUAACAAUAUACCAAAACAAGAAGCAAACAUACUAGUGCAAAAACUUCUUCAACAAGGAUACUCACAUAGUACUACUAUCCAAGAAUAUAAACAAUUUGCAGAAGCGCUUAUUUAUACUUUCGAUGGUGACAGAGCAUGAGGCGUUUUUUCGGUGACUUUGUGGUGAAUGAACCGUGAAAAUGAACUCGCCUUGUGCUGCUGGAUCCAAAAUAAAAUCAAAAUCAAGAACCAGAAUACUGACAUGCUGUUGAUGAUCUGAACAAGAGAAUCAGGAUCGAUAUGCCAUCCAUGUGAAAAAUUCUUGAUCUAUCUCGCUGACAUAGUUCGUCGAUUGCUCUCACCCUAACAUCCUGAAGUAUGAACGUUUUUUGUUUGACUUUGAUUUUAAGAAUGUCUUGGUGAUCCUCCGUCAACUUGGCCCUUUUUAGAGAUAUUUCAUACACAUUGUUUCUUUCCUGUCAAACGUUUUUCGGUUCUUCUUGCCAUGAAUGAUUUUUGUCUAUAUCUGUGCAUACUAACAUACAUUUUCUUCACAUACAGACCUACACAUAUAUCAAUUGUUUCCAAAUACCACCACCACAAAUUUCACACAUUUCUACCUACUGUCAUGGCUGUUUGAGUGUGUAUGAAGUUUAUUCUCUUGUGGUUAAGACCCGAAAACUCCUCCAUGUUUCUUCCAAAUGCAGUGUUAGCAGGGGAUUGAAGCUACAUUCGUCGACAGAAAAAGGAGCAUUGCCGACCUGUUCUACAAAAAACGAGAUAAAAGAGGAGUGAACAUCUGAGUUGUAGAGAUUCAGUCCUUCUCACGAUUGAAUGAUGUGAAUGUAUCAACUGCCUAUUCUUGACGAAAAUCUUCAUUUUGAUCGUGCUUUUGUGUCCUCAGGUCUAGAACGGUGAUGACCUACGGGUUGCAGGCGAGAGCAUGCCCGAGGAGUGAGGCGACGGCCAUGGCAGUAGAGGAAAUGCAGAGGUUGGUGUCGCUUGCCAGUAUUCCGAGAUGGAGGCAGUCGAGGAAGAUACCGCCUUGGGCAGAGCAGAGGCGUACUUGUUCAAGCCACGCUACGCAUCCACUUCCACUGUUGGCCCUUCGGAGCGCACAGCGCCUGAUCUCAUCAAGGAUUUUUUGCAACAUAUGAGGAAGCGAUGCGGCCUAGCAGAAGGAAUGGCGAAAGGCUUGACAGUCUCACAAGAGGAGCUACACCGACAGUAUGGCGAGGAUAAGGCCAGCGCCAGGACGCACUUCUAUACUAGGAAGGCUUUAUGUAUGCAGCACAGCGAGAAGCUUACAUUGGAAAAACGAUAGCGGACUGGUGCAGGGAAGGCGAACUUGAUGGAACUGAGGAGGUGGCCAGCCUGUAUUUCGGCAUGCAGGAAAGACACGGGCGUCGACGCUAUCACCAGGAAAAGGAGGAUGAGGACAAGUGGGCAGACUCUGAGAAGCUAGUUGAUCACGAAGGAGUAGUGUCAGAGGCAAUCCAUGCCUGCUCAACAAAGCAGUGCUUUGAGAUGAUAUUGAUUGAAGGUGGAGAACAGCUGCUGCAGGUCCAUGGAGGCAUCCCGGUCGACCCUCUUACUGCCUCCUCGGGAGCGUUGGCCUUGCUAUAUGGGAAUAUACAUCCUGCCUUUUUCGAGGAGGCUGCAUCUGUUUCAUUCUCAAUAAUGACAAAGUGUCCCUUGGUCAUGUACAUGCUGCGAGUGCACGGAGAGGAGACGGCCCCCACCAUACAGAAGGCUGCUUUGGUAGGAACAGUGGCGGUCUCCGAUGCCUAG